AUGGAUUCCAUUACAAACAAAAAGAGAAAAGCAGAAAUCACGAUACUAGACGCAACGUCUACUACCAAAACCUCUCCAUCUUCACCUUCCCCCAAGAGCCGUCGGGUGACGUCGACUGGCGAUAUUAACGAUAACGAUAGUACUAACGACAGCAACAACAACAGACCUGUAGAGGAGUCAGAAGUGUCCGCAUCAUCACAGCCAUCGAAUAUUGCGUCAUCAUCUAAAAGCUCGAAGCGGACGUCUAGAGAAGACCGACGCCAGUCAACGGACGAGCCGGAAGGCAUUUCAGCCACAGCACCCACCGCAGCACCUCAAGAAUCACCAAACAACAAUGUUCAAGAAAGCCAUAGUGCACCACCAAGUGGUGUAUCCCAUAAGCCUUUGGUGGCAACUGAUGUUCCUGUUUCUUUACCCACUCAGAUUGCUGUCGUAAAAGUUUCUUCAAGCAAACGCGCCGCAUUCCCCCCUUACAAACAGAAGUCUCUAUUGUCGAUCCCCAACGCGGCGUCUGCUCCCAAAUUGAAAGGGAUUCUUAAGUCACCAUCUUCGACGCGCGGUUUGAACCGAGACCAUGAGCUUGACAGCACUAAAAUGAGAAACCCUUUUGUUGUAACUACAGGGAGCGAUUAUUCGGAGAGAGAACCCUUUGUAAAGGAAGCUCUUAAGUCACUGCAGUCUGAGGAUGCUCAAAUACGCUCGUCAGCCUACCUUAACUUGCAGGCCAAGUUCAGAGAGGGUGAUGAAAACCCUUUCUAUCUGAAGGAAGUGGAAGAGUCAUUGGGAUGGUUUGCGAGGUAUCUCAUUAGGGAUUUAGAUCUUUGUAGCCCUCCGAAUUUGAUUCAGGCGACACUAAAGUGUACAGGCUACUUUCUUUUCAACCAGACAAUUGUCGCGUUGUUUACUUCAAAAGAAAUCGAGGCUCUACUUGUACGAAUCUUAAAUUUGGUCAAUGCAGCGGAUGAGAAACCAACUUGUAAUUUGGCAAUAUGGGCUCUCUACUCUACCAGAAUCCCUCAAAGACUCUUGUUUCCGUUCCUCCCGCAUAUGAUCGAGGCCUUCUUGGAUAAUCUGGAGUCCCGAUUCAAGUCGCCAAGUAUUACGAGUGGAUCCCUAGGAGGCAUGUUUACCGUAUUUACACAAUUUCCUAAUGAAAUCGUGGUAACAGUCCAAUCAUGGCUCAUGCCUGUACUUACGACACUAAUAUCACCCAUUCCUGGUAUCCGGUCAAGAGCGUUGGAGCUGUUGAAAAUGACGAUCCCUAAGUUGACUGAAAAGGAGGAUCCAAGGCGAAUACAGGCCGUCAACGAAUUCAUGGAUGAUUAUAGCACUGAGUUCCUUGAGGUUUUGACAGCAAACUUUCUGGAUGCUAAUGAUGAGGUUUACGCCAUCACUGUCUGGGGCACUCUAGUCACAUUAAUGGGAAAGAGACUACAAGAAAGUCCAUUGCUCAACCCCAUGCUAAAGAUAGUGGAGAAAUGUUUUAAUUCGACAUCAUCCGUGAGGACAGAAAUCAACAUGGCCGCGUUUCAAGCAUGGACGCGACUCAUAUAUAAUUUUGCUAUUGGCGGAUAUAUCGCAAACGAAAAGCCUCUUAAACUAAUGCUUACCCCAUUCGCAAACUGCCUUUUUAACGAAAGGCAGAAGCGCAUUCGACUAGCAUGUUUCAACACCUGGAUAUCCCUUAUUUAUGCCCUCGGUUCCAGGCUAUCAAAGUACGCAGAUCAGGUCCUAUUUCCGCAGCUGAAGCUUGCGAUUGUGGACGAGUCUGAGCAUGUCCGUGACCUCGCGCUCAGACUCAUUGCGGCACUGGUCUCUAACUCUGGCGGCCAAGAAAAAUUGUCACGGCGCAACCCGGAAGCACUCAUUCCUGGCGAAUGGCCGAACUGUGACCCUGAGAAGCUUGCACUAUUGAAACACGAUACAGAAUCGACAGGAUACAUCAUUCGAGCGGACAUGAUAUACUAUUUCUUUACUUGUGUUAUUGAGAUUUUUUCUCCCAGAACGCUUAUGUUUGCUCAAUACCAAGUUCGAGACAAAAUUCAUGACAAUAUUUAUAAUGCCGUCUAUCCUGUUUCUGAACCAACAUCACAGACAAGUGGUGUGGUCUCGCUUCCUAAAAACGAGAGCCUAAGAAGUGGUGUCAUCUUAUCGCCGUUCGAAUUCAUUCUCAAGACCUGGCUGGCAACAGGUGAAUCAGUCAUCGGGACUGCAUUAGAGGCUCCAUUCUGGAAAGCCAUAUCAGCCUCUGUGGAGUUUUAA